CGGUCAGGCGGUCACCUCGUCCCCGGUUCGCUUCACUGCCCGACGCCAUAUAAAGGACAGCUCGUCGGUGCUGGGUCACGGAGAGGGGCGAGAAGAGCGAAAGAAGAGGCGUGGCAUCUCUCUAAUUUUUCUCUUUUCGGUCUUCUUUUGUGGCCAGUUCUGGCUCGAAUUCGAACGAGGAAAGACGUGAAUUUUGUUGAAUGCGCCAAGAUUAGGGGUUGAAUUCUUUCAGUGGAGGGGGUAUUUUAGGGAGCGCUAGUGCUGGAUAGCGACCUGGAUUCCAGCCGCCAGCUGGGAGCCACCCCCUUGGUGGCCCCGUCACGAGUCGCUGGUGGUGGAGGUCAGUCCCAGUCUUCCUCAGCCUCUGGCAUCUUCUUCCAAGGCGACGGCCAAAACCCAGCCCAAGUAAACUCCAUGUCAGUCACUGGGCGAGCUGGUCUCAGUCCAGCCUCCGGUGACAUGAACCGUGGGAUCCUCAGCAGUGCUGCAAACUCCUCCGGGCCUAGUGUUGGCGCAAGCUCGCUGGUUACAGAUGCCAAUUCGGCGCUCUCCGGAGGGCAUCAACUACAGCGCAGCACCAGCAUCAACACUGAGUCCUACAUGCGUCUGCCUGCUUCACCUAUGUCCUUCUCAUCCAACAAUGUGUCUGGUUCCUCAGUGAUGGAUGGUUCCUCCAUUGUGCAGCAGAGCCCGCAUCAUGACCAGGUGCAGAAGCAAGUGGCCUCCAGUGCCACGUCUCAGCUGACAGCACAGGAGCUGGGUGAUUCAUCAAAUCCCCAGAAGAAACCACCGGUUGAUAUGAGGCCAGAUAAUGCUUCUCAGAAUCAGGUGAUCCAGCAGCUUCUGCAGAGGCAUCAGAGUCCACAGCUACAGGCUUUAAUACAACAGCAGAGGUUAGCACAGCGUCAAGCUCAACAGCAGCAAUUGCUGCAAUCCUUUCCACAGAUGCAGCGAGCCCAGAUAGCGCACCAACAACAACAGAACUUGAGACACUAUAUGCAGCAGCAGACUAUGCAGCCAAGUACCCCUGCUAAAUGGCCCCUGGAUAAUGGGAUAUGUGCUCGCCGUCUUAUGCAAUACUUGUAUCAUCAGCGUCAUCGUCCGCCUGAUAAUUCUAUAAAAUACUGGAAGAAAUUUGUGGCAGAGUAUUUUGCACCACGAGCUAAGAAAAGAUGGUGCUUGUCUUUGCAUGACAAUAUAAGCAACCAUGCCUUAGGUGUUUUCCCACAAGCUACUACGGAUCCAUGGCAAUGCAACAUCUGUGGUUCUAGAGCAGGAAAAGGAUUUGAGGCAACUUUCGAAAUACUUCCAAGGCUUUAUCAAAUUAAAUUUGAUCGUGGGGUUAUUGAUGAGCUACUAUUUCUCAACAUGCCUCAUGAAUGUCAGUUAUCCUCAGGAGAAAUGGUCUUCGAAUAUGCGAAGGCUGUUCAAGAGAGUGUUUAUGAACAUCUACGUGUUGUUCGUGAGGGACAACUACGAAUCAUAUUCACACCGGAAUUAAAAAUUUUGUAUUGGGAGUUUUGUGUACGGCAUCAUGAAGAGUUUGCCCCUCGUAGACUAUUAGCACCUCAGGUGAGCCAGUUGUUACACAUUGCACAGAAAUAUCCAACUGCUGUAACUGACAGUGGUUCUGCUGGAGUCUCACACCAAGAUUUGCAAGCUGCAUGCAACAUAAUUGUUCAAACAAGUUGUCAGCUGGCAAAAAAGCUGGAAUUACAGUCCUUAAAUGAUUUAGGAUUUUCAAAAAGAUUUGUGCGAUGCUUGCAGAUAUCUGAGGUGGUAAAUAGCAUGAAGGACUUAAUUGAUUUUAGCCAGAAGCACAAGAUUGGACCCAUAGAGAGCUUGAAGAAUUAUCCUCAACAUGCUGCUGGGAAGCUAGAAAACCAUAAGAUGCAGGAACAGAAGCAACCGAUUACUGCUCAUGGUCUGCCAGCUGGUCAGACAGCCUUGAAUAAAACCAUGGGCAUUCAUCCUGGAAUAAGAAGCAACACGAGCAAUAACGUUGCAGCUAGCCAAGUCCUUAGUAAUGUCCCACAGAGUGCUGUGGCGGUGAAUAACCAUCAGAACUUACUGAAGAAUCAUGGGAAUGCAAAUCUAAAUGUAUUUCAGCAGGAAGCAUUAAGUACCAUAAGUGGCCCCAACCAUGCAAAGUGUGGGCAAUUUCAGGGCUCUGUUUCCUCGCUUCUGACAAAUGCAUCUGUGAGUGGUGUACCUGGUUCGCAUCAACAGCAAUCUGUGUUGAAUGAUACCUUGUAUCAGCAGAGUAAUCUACAGCCUUCACAGGUGAGCCAGCACGUGCAGCAACGUGUAAUUCAGCAGUUGUUGCAAGAGUUUAUUAAUAAUGGAGGAGCACUACAACAGGCUCCUAGUGUCCCUGAUGCAAAUGGAAACAUGCUGACUGGAGGUGUUGGCAGUAGCAUUGGUGGCAUGGGAAGUUUGCCGGUCAGGAUGAACACUGGGUCAGUCAAAAAUGGAAUUGGUUUGGGCAGUGCCCCUGCCAAAAUGUCCAGUAAUGCCUUGGCACCAGCACAGAGCUGGAGCAACAGUUUCAAAUCUGUUGCCGGCAGUCCUGCUAUGAGUGGCAACAGCCUGAAUUCUAGAGCAGACUUGCCUCAAAGCGUAGAUCUGCCAGAGUUGGAUCAAAUUGCUGAAGAAUUUGCAGAGAAUGGGAUAUUUAAUGGUGAGCCCUGGUGAUGUAGGAUGUGGAUCGAAUGUUUGGAAAUAUUUAGGUGGUUGACAAUUUAGUAAGCUUAAAAGACUAUUGUAUAGUAGCGUAGCUUAGAUAUAGUGAUUCCCCUUUCAAUUAUGUCAUGACACUGAUAAGUUAUCUAGUUGGCAGUUUUGAGCUUCACCAUUUCAAACUGCAUUUAUCACACCUGCAGGGACAAUUUCAAUGUGGUUUUUCAAAGUUUUGUAGACCAUUUGCAUAGAUUUAUCUUGAGUUAUGGCUAACUUCAAAGUUAAACCCCAAAAGAUGAUAGUUUCA